AUGUACUGCAGCGAUCCGUCAGCUUGCUACUGGACAACGACGGAUUCGUUCAACGAAUACCUGCACGUCGGAGAAUCCACUGGGAAACUUUGUUUGAUGAACUUCUGCAAAGGCGUUCGGGCAGCCUUCACCGAUGAAUUUCUGAAGAAGCCAUCCACCGCAGAUUGUCAGUUUCUACUCCAACUUCACGAACAAGUGCACGGAUUCCCCGGGAUGCUCGGGAGUGUCGAUUGCAUGCAUUGGCAAUGGAAGAAUUGUCAUGUGGCGUGGAGGGGGUCAUACACGAGCGGCCACAAAGGCACCCACCCCACCUUUAUACUCGAGGUCGUCGCCGACUACCGGCUAUGGAUUUGGCAUGCAUAUUUCAGGGUCCCCGGCUCGAACACCGACGUCAACGUGCUCAAUAAUUCCAACCUCUUCAGCGAAGUUCUGAAUGGUAAAGCGUCGGCCAUCAACUUCAUCGCUAACAAUCGCCAGUAUAAAAUGGGGCAAUUCUCCUCCUCGAAAAUUCAACACCAGCACUUGCAGGUUGAGGAAAGCGUGAAGCGCGAUUUCGAUGCGUUUUUCUCUAGCAAAAGGCGAGUUCCCAAUGAAUCCGAUCCCCUUCACAAUCGCUGA